GCAAGGAGAAGGAUAGGAAGAAGAAGCGCGAAGAAGACGAUGGUGAAGGAGAAUGGGAAACAGUCAGAGGUGGAGUUGCUAUGCCUUCGGAGAAGCCAAAAAUGUUUGCCAAGGAUGCUGAGAUCAAUAUUCCUGCUGUAUUGAAGAAAUUGAAUGAAAUUAUGGCGGCUCGUGGCAAAAAAAGAACCGACAGGAGAGAACAAAUUGAAUUACUACACGAAUUGCAAUUAAUUUCUGAUGCCCACAAUCUUGGCCCUGCAAUGUCCGUUAAAAUUAAAUUUUCUAUCGUUUCUUCACUAUUUGAUUACAACCCUAAAGUGUCCGAUGCAAUGAAGCCUGAAUACUGGUCCAAACUUUUGGAUCGCAUCACGGAAAUGUUGAAUUUGAUACUGGCUACACCAGAUAUGAUUAUUGCUGAUUCCGUUCCUGAAGAUGAAGAAGAAUUUGAGAAGCUUCCCUACAAGAUACACGGCUGUGCACUCACAUUAGUUGAAAGAUUAGACGAGGAAUUCACUAAGCUUUUGAAAGAAUGCGAUCCUCACAGCAAUGAAUAUGUUGAAAGGCUGAAGGAUGAAAAAAUGGUGUCUGCAACUAUAGAUAAAGUGCAAGAAUACUUGGAAAGAAAAGGUACUGUGUCUGAGCUGUGUCGUGUCUACCUACGCAAAAUUGAACAUCUCUACUAUAAAUUUGAUCCUACUGUUUUGAAGCAAAAAGAGGGUGAGCUUGGACCUGAAGUCGUUACCUCAGUGCAAGUUAUGGAAAAACUCUGCAAAUAUAUUUAUGCACAUGAUGAAAUAGAUCGGCUCAGAACAAGAGCGAUCCUGUCACACAUUUAUCAUCAUGCAUUGCACGACAAUUGGUUUCAAGCUCGUGAUCUUAUACUUAUGUCCCAUUUGCAAGAAACAAUUCAGCAUUCAGACCCCUCUACACAGAUUUUGUACAACCGCACCAUCGCUCAUCUUGGAUUGUGUGCAUUCCGCCAUGCAAAUAUUAAAGAUGCCCAUGGUUGUCUUUUAGAUUUGAUGAUGACAGGCAAAGUAAAAGAGCUUUUGGCCCAAGGUUUGCUUCCUCAAAGGCAGCACGAGCGUAGCAAAGAACAAGAAAAAAUUGAGAAGCAGCGUCAAAUGCCCUUCCAUAUGCACAUUAAUCUUGAAUUGCUCGAGUGCGUAUAUCUUGUUUCAGCAAUGCUUAUUGAAAUCCCGUACAUGGCUGCUCAUGAAUUCGAUGCCAGAAGAAGAAUGAUUUCCAAGACAUUCUACCAGCAGCUCAGAUCUAGUGAACGUCAGUCGCUAGUUGGUCCUCCUGAAUCAAUGAGAGAACAUGUUGUUGCAGCAUCGAAAGCUAUGCGCAAUGGAAAUUGGCAAGCUUGCAAUAAUUUUAUCAUUAACGAAAAGAUGAACGCUAAAGUUUGGGAUUUGUUCUAUCAAGCUGAUAAAGUAAGAGCUAUGCUUACAAAGCUAAUCAAGGAAGAAGCUUUGAGAACUUAUCUUUUUACAUAUUCUCAUGUUUAUGACUCAAUAUCCAUGCCAACUUUAGCUGAUAUGUUCCAACUGGAUAAAUCUAUCGUCCAUUCCAUUAUUAGUAAAAUGAUCAUCAACGAAGAACUUAUGGCAUCACUGGACGAUCCAACAGUUACUGUGGUAAUGCACCGCAGUGAACCGAGCCGCUUACAAUCAUUGGCAUUACAACUAACAGAUAAAGUAAACAACUUUGUUGAUUCAAAUGAGCGCAUCUUUGAAAUGAAAUCAGGAAACUUCUUCCCAAGAGGCAAUCAAGGUAACUUCCGCGAUCGUCAAAAUUAUAACAGACAAGGACAGGACUGGAACCGUCAAAAACGUGAUCAACGGAACCGUGACGAGAAUCGCAAUUACUAAAUUUUACUAGUAAAAAAGAAUAAACAACAUGUGUACAUUUUUACUCAAUUAAAAAAAUUUAGUAACUA